AUGAUUUCCCAUGCCGCACCCCCCUACCCCGUUUCCCCCUACCCUCCUCCCCCCACCGCGGCACCGCCCUCUCCCCCCCCAGUUGUGAAGAAGGCGGUGGAGGAUUGGAACCAAUCAACGCGUCCGAUGGCGUUUGCGGUUCAUUUCGGUGACAUUGUGGACGGCUUCUGCCCCAGGGACAGGUCCGAGGAAGCUGUGAACACGGUUCUGGAUGCAUUGGCUGGGUUCGAAGCCGGGCCCACAUACCACAUGAUCGGCAACCACUGCUUGUACAAUCUGCCCCGCGUGGCUCUCAAUAAGAUGCUCGCCAUCCCCACUGCUGCUGACAACCGAUCCUACUAUGACUUCUCGCCCUUCCCUAACUUCAGGUUCGUUGUAUUGGAUUCGUACGACGUGAGUCUGCUGGGGUGGCCAGAGGACCACCCGCACGCAGUGAAGGCGAGAGAGGUGUUGGAGAGGGAGAAUCCCAACGAGGAGAAGAACAGCCCUGAGGGACUCGAAGGGUUGAACAGGCGGUUUGUGAAGUUCAACGGAGGCGUGGGGGAGGAGCAGCUCCGGUGGCUGGAAGGCGUGCUAUCUGAGUGCGAUGCGCUGGGAGAAACUGUGGUGCUGUGCUGCCACCAGCCCAUUGAACCCACUGCUCUGCCCACCGCCACCUGCCUUGUCUGGAACUAUGAUGAGGUGCUGGCGGUUAUUCACAGGCACGAGUGUGUGGCAGCAGUGAUAGCAGGGCACGCGCACUUCGGAGCAUAUGCGCUGGACGCCAGAGGCAUUCACCACCGCAUCCUGGAGGGAGCCGUGGAGUGCCCCCCCGGCACCGUGGCGUUCGGCCAUGUGGACGUGUAUCCGGACCGCCUCUGCAUCAUUGGCAAGGACCGCAUGCUCUGCACUGAGAUGAAGUUCCCGUGUAGGCCUGGCGCUGCUGAUCUGUAG